CUUCUCCUUCCUUUGUGUGAGGAGGACUAUAGUAUUUGGCGAAUAUUCGCUUUCCCGUACUGUCCAAAAUCAAAAACGCAUUAACAGCGUAAAGAGAUAAAUUCAUUCUUUCUGUUAGUUGCUGGUUCUUGGGAAGUUUACGAUCUGCCAGAGACUGUGUUCGUUACCUUGGCAUCUGUUACUUUCCGAGGGGAAACCGCGGUCGUUCCUUGGAUAACAAAGUAAACAAUACAAGUGCAAAGGACUCCCAUUCAAUCUACUUUCUCCCUUGAUUCAUGUCGCGCUUUUUAGCAUGUUGGAAACAAUUGACUGCGCGUUCUUUGGUUUCUAAUUCCACUCCAUUUCAUUCUGGCUGGAAAGUACAAGGAGCGUACAGCGGAGUAGAUCCGACAGCUGGUUCACUUCAUGUAGGUAAUUUAGUAGCUUUGAUGCCGUUGAUACAUUUGUAUCUACAUGGGAUUCCCGUAUACAGCCUAAUUGGCGAUGCAACCGUGCAACUCGGAGAUCCCUCUGGAAGAACAACAGGUCGGCACCAGCUGGAUCAAGUUAUUAGGGAUCGGAAUAGUCAAGCAAUUGAGAAGCAAGUUUUCAGCUUAUCUGAAAAAGUCUUGGCCUAUGCCGAAGAUUGUCAGUAUAAGCCUGAAGUUGCACCUGCUUCUCUUCGUACUUGGAACAUUGUACAUAAUCUGGAUUGGUAUAACAAUAUGAAUCUACUGAAUUUUCUAAAUGAAGUAGGUCGGCAUGUGCGUGUCAAUCAAAUGCUCGCUCGGGACAGUGUAACCUCUCGUUUACACAGUUCCUCUGGUAUAUCUUUUUCGGAGCUUACUUAUCAGUUGUUACAAGCAUAUGACUUUUUACAUCUUUAUAAAAAUCAGGGUAUAAAUCUACAAAUAGGCGGUAGUGAUCAAUGGGGAAACAUCACCGCUGGCACAGACCUAGUUCGACGUCUCUUUCCGAAAGCAGUAUCGUCAAAGUCUCCAGUAUAUGCUCUAACUACUCCCUUAUUGACGACUGCGAAUGGUCAGAAGUUUGGAAAAUCUGCAGGAAAUGCUAUAUGGUUAGACCCGUCUUUGACGGACUCUUAUAGUCUUUAUCAGUCCUUUAUUUCUCUACCAGAUGAUACGGCUUCAAAGUAUCUUGAUAUGUUGACUCUGCUUUCUAGCGAAAAUCUAGAGAGCAUCAAAUCGAGCCAUUCCCAAGAUUGUUCUUCUCGUUUAAUUCAGCAUACACUUGCGUUUAAUAUUAUCCAUAUGGUACAUGGCGAAGAAAAUGCUAAACUUGCACGAUUGCAAACAGAACUCUUGCACGGUUCUCAACCCGCUCCCUCUGGCUUUUUUGUUGCUUCCGUCAAUUCCACAUUACCAGCAGUGGACCAAUUAAAGGGUAUUUUUAAAGCAUCUAAUUGUUAUUAUAAAGUUGAUCCAUCCUUAAGUCCGAUGCCUUUGUCUCGAUUACUUCGAGAGCUGGGCAUCUAUGCAUCGAGAAAAGAAGCUGCUGAACAUAUCCGAUCAGGUGCAAUCUCCCUUGCACAUGAAACAAUACUUGAUCCUAAUGCGAUUCUCGUACGUAACGAUCUUGUAGUUCUUCGAAUCGGAGGACGCCGUGCCUUGAUUUUGGACUUUACUUAAUCUGUCUCUUCAUGUAACUUUUACUACAACUAACUAAACUCCUUCUUGGUCAUCUUUUUUCUAUCAAAAUUAAAUAUCACGGACAUUAGUAUCAGGAACUCAAAAUUUCAUUCUAAUAUACAUCAUUAAAAAGGUUAUCAUCAUUAAUGUAUGAUUUAUAUUCACCUUCAAACGUUACUUCGUUGUUUGCACCUUGUUUAGAAGUUCUUGCGCUUUUUUAAUUUUUUCACGCAAUAACGUUAAUGAAUCUGACUCGUUGCCUGGAUUAGAUAAUGCAUAAGAGAAGUCGUCACGACCCUUCAUUACCUCCUCUUGAAACAAAGGUAUUGUUCUUCGAACCGGUCGUUUUUUAUGUGUAGCGUUAAGUUGUAUUUCAGCUUCUCUCUUUCUAUUAAUUUGACAGACUUGCUCAACUUGAAAUGAAGGUGAUUGUUCAGAACUAACAUUGGACAGCAAUAAUUUUAGGCUCUCACCCAAUUUUGCGUCUUCAAUAGUUUUAAUAGUUAACACAUGAAUGCUGCUGACUGCCGACCAUGAGGAGGUGAUUAUGUCCAUGAAUUUUAAUCGUUCAACGUAAUUUUCUGUUGCAUAGUCACCUUUUGUCCACAUAACCAACAAAAGAGGAAACUUCGUUGUCGUCCGAUUGGAAACAACUCGUAAGAAAGAGAAAAGAUCAUCUCUUAAUGGGUCAUUCAUUGCUGACUUUUCAGAAUUCAACCCAUUACACAUCGAUGGAGAAUUAUAAGCAUUCUCCUCAACCAAUCCUAAGUCAUAAAUACAAGCUCCGUAACACAUCCGCUUUGUAGGUAAACUCUCUAAAGUCUCUGGCAUUAGUAAGGUAUAAUCCCGAUUCAGGAUAUUAUGUGUUGAGCUCCAAAUAGAGGGAUUAGAUGAACACUUAAGACCUAAUUUUGAUCUAAACCAGUGAUGAAUAGAUGGUUUGUUGGACGCACUAAAAAUCAAUAGAUGCCAUGUCGAACUUAAAACCUGGUUGUUUAACAACUUUAAGAAAGAAUAUAUAUCCUCUUCCUUCCAAAAAUUCUGGAUACGAUCAUGUUCCAGUCGGAUUUGUUCAGAUGCUAAUACAUUUUUCGCAUUAUAAUCUCCAUUGAAAACACGAGAACCAUGUGUGCGGCGGUUAUUUAAACAUGAAGCUCCUAACAGAGAACUCAAAACAACUUUAUAGUGUUCUUGCUGCUGUUGUUCUCUUAACUGUUGUACUUCGCGCUCUCGCUUUUUAAGCCAGCACUCUCGAGCUUUCAGUGUUAUUCGACUAAAUACUCUUUUUUUUAAGGUGCUGUUGCAGAUUUCAAUUGCUAGAGUUUUUAAGCUCGAAAAGCGUAUUAUAUUCUUUACCAUUGAAUAAUAAAUUGAUUUAGCGGUUUCGUCAAUAAAUCCUUCGUAAACUUCUUUGCAUAUCCGACCACAUAACGAAGUUAACGUAUGCUUUACUAUGGAUUGAAAAAUCAAAUUUAAAUCGUCAGAAGAAAACAUUGGUUUUUGCCUAACGAGAGAAGGCUUUUUUAUGACCGGAGGCGGCAAAGAUGUUAUUGUUUCUUCAGAAGGAAUAGAAAGUAAUGACUGGCUAUCAGAUCGGGGAAGUUGAGUAUUUAACGUUGUUCUAAGAACAGAAGGAGAAGAACCAGGUUUAAAAACGGGAGCAUUAGCGUUCAGUGUUCCUCUAGACAGGACUGAGUUUUUAUGAGAUCCAUUGGUGACAGACCGAGUUUCAACAUUAGAGAUUGGCUUAUUAACAGGGAAUAUCGGUCUUGCGUCCUUCUUGAAUACAGAAGAUUUCGCUGCUUUUAUCGAAGUCGUUCCUCCAUUUAUUAUAACAGCAAAAGAACGAUUAUCUAAUUUUUUCUCAACUAAAGCAUGGGAAAAGCGUUGAGUUGUAUCAGGCUUAGAGUCAUCAAAAAAGCCGGUCUUGCUUAGGUUUACAACUGGUUCUCCGUUUUCUUCAUAAACCUCCAAAGCGUAAUACUCGCAGAACUCGAAAACAUUGUCCAAGGCAUCAAACUGGAGUAUACGCUGCAAAUCGACACACGGAAAUUUCGCAUGUACUGACAUAUAGGCUUUACGCAUGGCCUUGAUGGCACCUUUUCGAAUGGAGGUGAAAUGAGACUCUAAUAAGCAAGCCAUCAAAUAAGUUACAGAGGAAGAUGCAACAAGUUUGAAGAAUCUAGUAUACAAGUUUGGAGUAGCUUCCGUGUUUAGUGGAAGCAGAUGACCGAUUCGCUCAUUGUUCUUCUGAGCAAGAGCUGACAGCCGUAAAGACAGCUGUACUUGGGGAUCAUCGAAAAUAUCGGUAGGCAAAAGUUGAGACUGCCGAACAACAUCCUGAUCGCGUAGAUGCGUAAGGAUGGAAUAAGAUCGAAAUUCGGCUUCGUUAGGACAUGAUAUUUUUUCUUUUCGAAGGUCGUCAUAGAAUUCACACAAAGAUUGUAAAACUAACAGUUAGAUGAGUAUAACAAAAAGUAAUUGAAAAGAUGCGAAAACCGAUACUUACCUUUACGAAGCUGCUCGACCUCUUGUUGUGAGCUAAAGUUUUUUUUCUCACACAACUGAUGUAGACAAAGAAUAUGAUAUCUGGCAAUCCGUUCAUGGCAAGCUACGGCUUCUAAACUUCUAUUGUUCUGUAAGGUAAAGUCUUGGCGAAUAGAGCGCGUUCGAUCACGCACAAAAAAGUGAGUCGUUUCCAAAGGAUAAGGUCCGCAAACGAUUUUAUCAAUUAAAUAAUCAAGUGAUUUCUAAGGCACGUGUGAAUAAAAUGCACAAUGAAUAACAAAAAGAGGAAUCCUUCAUAAAGCGGCCAUAUGUCAAAAGACGGCACUUGAAGGAAAUUUGGAAAAAAAUAAUCAAACCUUUAAAACAGGAGGAGGACGGACAUCGGAAGGAAGUGCCUGUUCGUUUCCUGCAGCAGGGCGAUGAAAAGCUUUGACGGCCAAGUUCUUGUCGACGCGGCCACUAUCGGGAUUAAUUUCCCAUCGUUCUAGGUUAUUUUGAUAUUCACGCUGUUCACGCUCAUACUCGGGACACAUGUCUGGACAGGUACCUACGAAGGUCACCGCUUCAUCCAGUUGCCUUGGUUUAGAAGGAUCGUCAAUUAAUCCUUUCUGUAUGGCAUCCUCACGUUCCUUAUCGCGUAAUCUUCGUAAUUCUUCAAAACGAUUCCCUUGUAGGGAUGAAGUAAACCGCUUUUGGCGUGUUUCUUGUGCAUCUACAUCCUCUGGCGUCGUACUUUCAUCUUCCUCUACAGGAAACACAUCGUUUUUCGAUCCUUUCUGAGAAUGAGAAAAACUCCUCCUUUUUUUCUCACGCGUAAACGGUCCAUUCAAUUGACUGAAUCCGCUUUCAUCUGGUUUUUCCAUGAACAAUGGAUUGUUUACCAGGCGUUGGUAGUUGGUAAGUUUUACGAAGUUUGUUGUAUCAAAGUGUGUGUGGAUAUAUCAGAUACGUUAAGUAGGACUAGCGCAGGAUGAAAUCAAGAGAUAUGAUUGUCAACGGAAAUGCGCUAAACGGUAAACAAUAGAAUGAAAAAUGAGAUUUUACCGUAUUUGAAAAGAAGCAUUGAUUAUUGCGACAGAAUAAACUAUGAAUUUAACUAAAAGACUUCUCUCAUUAUCGCCUUUAUUUUAUUUUUUUGUGAAUAUCAAGUAUUUUUAAGACAUAAACUUAUAUAGGAUAGGAAAGCAAGUAAGCAAA